CGUCAAAUGACGCGACGUUAAAUUACGCUACGUAAACGUUGGUUACAACGUCAAAGUAGAAAUCAAGCUAAAGCAAUAGAAACCAUGUCAACUGGUAAACCAUGGAUGCACACACACUACAGAACAUACUUCGCAGCAACUAUAACAUCAAUGAAAAGUUUCAGGCCGAGGGCAUAUUUAUGGCCCUUCAAGGCGGCACCGUGAAAGCUAAUGGUCUGUUCAGUAUCGGGAUUGGUGAAAGGUUCGUAGUCGUCGCCGGCAUCACACCCCGCGGACCGGAUAUCGACUACAAUCCGGUGUCUCUCACUCCGGUAGGUCUGUUCGGUGUCACGUACAAAAAUGUCAGCAUGAUUGUAACAAUCUCCAGUCCGCUCAAAGGAAAGAAUUUCUUUCAGUUAUGCAGCAGUAGCAAGGCCGCCGCUAUAUGGAAUGAUUUCACCACCGCCAUUGAUGACAUGUACCUGACGUCUAAAUUAAGCGGCGACAUUUGGUGCAGCGCGUCACAUAGUGCUUCAUCAUCAUCAUCAGACGCCUCUGUGGAUGUAGAACAUGCGUAUACAUAUCAGAGGGGCUUCAUAGGGCUGACCCUUCUCAAUUACAGAUGUCUGUCUCCGCAAAGGUUUCCCACGGCGGAUAGAAGCUUCAGCUCUAUUUCUUUGCCCGAUAUGGUAUGUGGAUCAAGCAAUGCCAAGCACGCGGCGUGCCGGCAGCAUGUUAAGAGAGGUCACAGUUUGGACUGUGUCGACAUGUCAUUGGACAGCUUCAUCAAUGAUUUUGAUACAAACCAAAAUGCAGCAACUCAUCAAGAAGACUUUACUGCGCCCGAUACAGUUAAUGGGCAAACUUGCGGGCAACUAACCGACGAGCGAAGGACGGAUAUGUCAAGCAAGCAGCCCAGUUUACUUGAGAGGUUCCUUCCCUUCUUUACCUGCUGCAUAAGCAAGCGUUGAUUUGUUUUAGCAUUAAUCUAUGAUAUUUUACUCGAGAAAUCACAUUUUCACAUUUUUGUUUAUAGCAAUAAAUUCCUUGUAUGAACAAAGUC